AAUAGUAGGUGCCAAGUGGACCUGAUUGAUAUGCAGUCGCAGGCAGGCACGUAGUCAGAAAAUAUUCACUAGGUGGGCCAAUGUUAGAUGGGUCCCCUACCUAAAUAUAUUACCUUGUACAGUUGUAGGGGUGUUCGACAGACGAGUUGACGACCAUAAUAAUAAUAUAAUUCUAUAUGAAAUAUGAAUCAAUAUAAUGACAAUACCCUUACUCAAAAGUAUUUUAAAAAUAGACAUAAAAGUAUACAACAGUCACUGACUAGAUAAGAUAAGAAUAACAUGACAUGCUAGUAUACUAUAAUAAUAUGGUACCAGUGUUGGGCUUUAAAUAGCAAUUAUUUCCUAAUCAAUCGUUGACGAUAUUAUGAUUUAUAAAAAAUAAAUUAUCACCGAUUCUUAGUAGGAACAGAAUUUAAAUGUAAUACAAUAUACAUAUUUUAUUCCAGAAAUGGACAUGGAUUGAAUUUAGUUACGUAACUUAUUUUAGAUUCUAAUUAAAACCCGAUAUAUUUGGUUUUAUUUGUGUAAUAUUUAGACAAUAUUAAAAAUUUGAAAUUUCAUUUAAAUUAAAAGCCCCCGUAUAAUAAUGGGCCCCUCUGAAUACUUUGGGUGGGCCGGCCUACGGCCGGACACAUAAUAGGGUGGGCCUGGCACACCCUGGCCCCCCCUUAGCUACGUGCCUGGUCGCAGGGGGAUGGAGAGUUCCGGUUUAUUAUGGUAUAUCAGGAUCACCUUACUAAAUUCGUUCAACUAAGACCCUUAAAAACAAAGAGAGCAGAAGAAGUUGCAAAACACCUUAUCGACAUAUUUUGUAUUUUCGGAGCUCCGAUGAUAUUACAAUCUGACAAUGGCCGCGAGUUUGUAAAUAAAAUAAUAGAAGACUUAAAAGAAAUGUGGGACACACUGAAAAUCGUUCACGGAAAGGGAAAGCCACGCCACAGUCAGUCACAAGGAAGUGUCGAGAGAGCAAACCAAGACAUACAAAACAUGUUGAUAACAUGGAUGAAAACAAAUAACUGUAAAUCAUGGUCAGAGGGACUUCGAUUUGUACAGCUAAUGAAAAAUAGGGCCUACCACGAUGGCAUUAAAAGAUCUCCAUACAUGGCCAUGUUUGGUACUGAUGUGAAAAUUGGUUUGUCAUCAUCUUUUCUACCAGCUGAAACAGUGGAAAAAUUAACCACUGAACAAGAAUUGGAAGAAAUAUUGCAAAGUGUUGUGUCAAACUAUGAACAAAGAGAAAAUCAUAGUGUUUCCGAUAAAGAGGACAGUACUGUAUCUAAUUGCUGUGAAUCGUGUGGCUGUAUUCUUGGUAAUGAACAAACAUCUAUUUGUGGUUUAUGUGAUAAAAAAAACACCAUAAAAAUGAGAGAAGCAAUUCAAAAUUAUCGCUUGAGCAACAAGCAAAAAAAAUGAAGUUCAGAUCCAUCAACAAAUUCCCACCAUGCAAUGUUGGCGACACAGUUAGAGUCAAACUACCAGAAGUAGACAGAAGUAAGGGUGAUCCACAGAAUAUACUCUUUGCGGUUGUGUCUAUAAGUGAUAAUCAAUAUUACGAACUCGGUAAUAAAAAUGGCACUCUUCAUCAACUUUAUUCCAGAAAUCAAUUCACUGUAUGCUCUGAACCAUUAAUAGAUAUUUUAGAAGUUUUAGCCACAAAAAAAAUCUUUGCGUGAAAUAGCUAAUGAACAAUCUUUUUCCGGUGGUCAAGGUUUUAAGAAGUGUUUAUGUAAAACUAAAUGCUUAACAAAUAAAUGUAAAUGCAAAU